AAUUAGAUUGAAACAGAAAUGGUAACAGUUCUAAAAAUGCAUAUAGUUUCCACCAGCUUUAAUAUAUCGUUUGAUAGGGAUUAGGGCGAUAGAUAUGUUGGGACGAUAAGAUUUUGGUGCAAUAUGUAGCUUUUUGGGGCGAAACUGUUUUGGGCGAAAAAGACAUCUUGGGGCGAUAUGGUCGUCAAACUUGAGCGUAAUAACCUGUAAACUCGAUCAAUGUGAGCAGGUAUUGGGGCGAAAUGGUGACUUUUGGGCGUAACCCAUGGAGUAUCGAGGAUGAUGACUGGACGAUCCAGAAUCUAACAGCUUAUAUAAUUAUGGGCUAUGACGGUCUCUACGAGCUUUCUUAGUCUGUAGUUAGCUUCACUUAAAAAUAAGCGUAUGUGUGACCAGAAUUUGGGCGCAUUCGAACAGAAGUUCACGUUACUCGGACAUGUACGUUCUUUGGAUUCUCAUCUGAUACACUUACACGAAAUGUCCAGUCUGUUUGACUGAGAGGGAGGGCAGGACGUAAAUUUAAUAAACAAUUAUUAGUCUGAUGUUUGUCCUGCGCACCUUCCAUCGUCAGUGCUCACAGUUUGCACGGAGAUGGUGUCACACAACCACUACUGGGAUAGUGUCCCCCAAUGCCCGAACCCCUGGGGAAGUCGAGGCCCACCCCCAGUCAGUUAAGGCUACAGUGGACAAGUGGACACACUGGCUAGAAGGUGGGAAUGUGCCAGAAGCAAAGGAAUCUGUCCAGCUUAUCAUAGCAAGUGUGCUGGGGCACAAAAUGAUUCAUGAUGUGUCAGAAGAACUUAUGCUUAAUGAAAAUCAGACAGCCAGGAUUGCUGAAAUGUGUAGAAAACGUUAUAAAAGAAUGCCAGUUCAAUACAUCAUUGAGGAAUGGGACUUCCAUGACCUCACCCUCAAGAUGAGGCCCCCUGUGUUUAUUCCUAGACCAGAGACUGAGGAACUUGCCCAGCUUGCUUAUAAUGACAUUAAGAAAAAACAGGAUUCUUCCAAACCUAUAAGGAUUCUUGAAUUGGGCAGUGGCAGUGGGGCAAUUUCUGUUUAUCUUCUUAAUAAAUUACCACAGUCAGAGGUGGUAGCUGUAGACAGGAGUGGGGAGGCUUGUGCCCUGACUGGAGAGAAUGCUGAGUGUACAGGUGUUCAGAAAAGACUGACCACUUUGCUGAUGGAUUACUCUCGACCUGAAUCAUUGCCAACAUUGAGGUCACACGGACUGUAUGACCUUGUUAUUGCCAAUCCUCCCUACAUACCGACUGAUGAGAUAGAAACCAUGGAAACAGAGUUGACAAGAUAUGAGGACCCACAUGCCUUUCAUGGAGGCAAGGACGGUCUGGAUUAUGUGAGAAUCAUACUGUCAAUGUCAACACAACUACUGAAACCUAACAGUGCCCUAUGGUUUGAGGUAGGACUAGGACACUGUGAUGCCAUCAGGUCAGAGGUCACCAAAGAGCCGAUACAUGGACUUCGCUUCUGUUCAGCAGUCAAAGACUUUACAAAUAGAGAUCGAUUUUGUGUGCUGAGAACAUGAAUUCCACAAUGACUUGACACAACAUUGAAUAAGGGACCAUCCACUGUGGUGUCCAUCAUUACACAUGUACCAACCAUAUCAUUGAGGUGGCCAUCAUUAUCGAGUAACAACCAUUGAGAUGGCCAUCAUUAUACGUAUAACGUAUUAACGUAUUAUACGUAUAACCAUUGAAGUGUCCACUAUUACAUGGGUAACAACCAUUGAGAUAGCCAUCAUUAUACGUGUACCAACCAUUGAGGUGUCCACCAUUACAUGUGUACCAACCAUUGAAGUGUUCUGACUAUUACCUGUGUACCAACCAUUGAAGUUUCCACCAUUAUGGGUGUACCAACCAUUGAGGUGUACCAACCAUUGAGCUGUCCACCAUUACACGUGUACCAAACAUCGAGGUGUCCAACGUUACAGAUGUACCAACCAUCUAGGUGUCCACCAUUACACGUGUACCAACCAUUGAGGUGUCCACCAUUACACAUAUACCAACCAUCGAGGUGUCCACCAUUACACGUGUACCAACCAUUGAGGUGUCCACCAUUACAGAUGUACCAACCAUCUAGGUGUCCACCGUUACAGAUAUACCAACCAUUGAGGUGUCCACCAUUACAUGUGUACCAACCAUUGAGGUGUCCACCGUUACAGAUGUACCAACCAUCUAGGUGUCCACCGUUACAGAUGUACCAACCAUUGAGGUGUCCACCGUUACAGAUGUACCAACCAUCUAGGUGUCCACCAUUACAUGUGUACCAACCAUUGAAGUGUUCCGACUAUUACAUGUGUACCAACCAUUGAAGUUUCCACCAUUAUGGGUGUACCAACCAUUGAGGUGUACCAACCAUUGAGCUGUCCACCAUUACACGUGUACCAACC